GACAUUUGCGUUGUACAAGAUCUCAUUACAAUUUCCUUAUUAUUUUGGGUGUGGUGGUGGCACUUCUAAUAAGAAAUCUCAAAAACUUUGCAGCUCGUCGAGCUCGGUACAUAAAAUUCCCUUUUGUCCGUAGUCCGUAAGGUUUAGUGUUAGUCAAAUUUAAGGAUUAAAUUAUUGAAUCUCCAGCGGUCAAACGUUUUGUAUUUUUUCUACGUGAAUUUGUAACUAGUUUUCGGUGAUAUUGUUAAAAAGAAGAAAAUAUGGGUUUAAAGGGCUGUCAGAUCACAUUGGACAAUCCAUGGAAUACGUACUAUGCUGGCCAAACCGUGAAUGGAAAAGUGGUAUUCACAUUCGACUCAACAAAAAAGAUUCGAGGAAUUAUCAUAAAAUUCCUUAGUGAAGCGAACACGUCAUGGAGCGAAACGAAAAAGGUGAAGGACAGCGAGGGAAAAGAGCGCGAAGAAACAGAGAAUCUAACUGGUCACGAGGAAUACUUCCAAAUCCAAUACUAUUUGCUCGGCGGCAAAAAUAGCUCUGAGAUCGAACUUCCAGCUGGCGAACACACCUAUCCAUUUACUUGUGCUUUGCCGCCGCAACUUCCGUCUUCAUUCGAAGGUGAAUUCGGUCACAUUCGAUACACGAUCAAAGUGACUCUUGAUCGACCAUGGAAAUUCGAUCAAGACAGUAAAAUGGCGUUCACUGUCAUCUCGCCGGUGGAUCUGAAUAUGAAUCCACGGGUGAAGGAACAAUUUAAGUUGAAUCUCGAAAAGUCAUUCUGUUGCUUCUGCUGUCGAUCUGGACCAUUGGCGUUCAUUGCGACGCUGCCGGUCACUGGCUUUGUGUCGGGUCAAUCAAUUCCUAUUCUGGCUGAAUGUGACAAUGCCAGCAACGUAAAGGUUAACGCCAUCAAGUUCAUUUUACGUAAAGUGGUCGCAUUUCACACGAAUCAGCCGAGACGCGAAACGAAGAAGGAUAAAAUUACCAUUGCCGAGUUGAGCGUUGGACCGGUUGACGAGCACGGCUCGCAAACGUGGCAACAAAAGUUAGAUAUUCCACCAUUGCCACCAUCCAAUCUUGUAAAUUGCGGGAUAAUCGAUUUGGAUUACGAAUUGAAGGUCAUUCUGGAUGUUGCCGGUGCACAUCGGAAUUUGGAAGGUAAAAUUCCAAUUGUCCUCGGCACAAUUCCGUUGGUGUCAUUCCAACCACCAGCUCCGUACACGGAUGUGCCACAAUUAGAUCCACAACUAGCACCAACGAAACCAGUCAGUCCAGCAAGUCCGGCCCCAGGCGGUGCGGUUGGCUGGAACACGAACGAUGUUAACAGUAGCCUGUAUCCAAAUAUGCCUCCACCAACGUACGAAGAAACUACCUUCAAGGCGAACAUCACCGACAAACAUGAUUCGGAGCACACCAUUAUGGUUGGAACGAAUGAAUUCGCUCCGCGCUAUCCAACGUAUGCAUUUAAUCCGACGGCUCCUGGUAAUAUGUAAAAGCCAUUUAUUGUGCCUUCGCAUUGCUAAAUCGAAGUGGGGUAGAUCUUCCUUCGGUGGAGUGGAUAAAACACAAACUCUUUGAUUCAAUUAACUUUAAUGCUAAGCUACAGAAAGUUUCCUUUUUUCUGUUGUUUUCGAUGAAUUAAUUUAUGUUCGACGUUACGGUGGAGUGUGUAUGACACACUGUUGUAUUAAUUGGUGCACAAGAAACAAAGAACCCAUCUCAAGGGUACCUAUCUAUCUAACAUAGUGAGCACUCUUCUUGAUGGCAAUUUAUUUCCGGUUCAGUUGGAAACUAGUCCCUCGGUUGAAAUUUUCUAAAUUUCAAAAUUUAUUGUUCGAUGAAAAUUUAUUUAUUUAUUUUUUCGUGUUGCAUUCAUUCGUAUUGUAACCGCAACAAGUGCUUUAAGACAAAUCAUUUUUAUCGUUGAUUUUUAUAAAAAACAAGAAACGAAAUUCUUAUUUUGCAGUGCCUAGCAAAAAAACAAUUUAAAAGAAAAAAAUCGAAAAAAUAAGUUAAUGUUAAAACUAGUCAGACGCCACACUCAGACAACAAUUUACCUUUCAUAUUGCACAAAAAAGAAAAAAAAACAUUUUUUGCUAAAUACAAAA